AGCAGCAUCUCCAGAGCCCAUAUAUCAGCCUCCUGAUCUUAGUUAUAGAUCAAUGGCCUUUAAACACAGUAACACUAGAAAAAGGAGAAAAAGAGCAGCAUCUCCAGUGCCUAGCUGUGUGUCUUUGGUGAGUGACAGAUCCAUAAAUCAGCCUCCAAAUCUAAUGGAAGCAUCAGUGAUCUUUAAACCCAGAAAUGAUAAGUCUGGAGACCUGCAGAAGAAAUCUCGCCAGUCAGUAGAUGAAGAACUACAGAGAGUCAAAGACCAACACAAAACUAACAUGAAGAAUAAAUAUGAGAGAUUAUGUGAGGGAGUCAACCUACAAGAGAAUCAAACCUUCCUAAACAGGAUCUACACACAGCUCUAUAUCAUAGAGGGAGAGAGUGAAGGGGUGAAUGAAGAACAUGAGGUUUUACAGUUGGAGAAAACAGCCAGGACACAUUACUCACAAGACACUCCAAUCUACUGCAAUGACAUCUUUAAACCCUCACCUGAACCAGGAUGCAAGGAUAAAAAACAAAUCAAGACUGUUCUUACUAAAGGCAUUGCUGGAAUUGGAAAAACCGUCUCUGUGCAGAAGUUCAUUCUGGACUGGGCAGAGGGAAAAGCCAAUCAGGAUGUCGAUUUUAUGUUUGUGCUUCCAUUUCGAGAGCUGAACUUGAUUAAAGAUCAUCAGUAUAGUCUUCACAGACUUCUGCUGGACUUUCAUCCUGAACUCCAAGAUCUGAGCUCAAAGAUUUAUGAGCAGUGUAAAGUUGUGUUCAUCUUUGAUGGUCUGGAUGAAAGCAGAAUCACACUGUUGUUUUCAGAUCUUCAGAAAGUUUCUGAUGUUACUAAGAUUUCAUCAGUAAGUGUUUUAAUGUCAAAUCUGAUGAAAGGAAAGCUCCUUCCUUCUGCUCUCAUCUGGAUCACUUCCAGACCGGCAGCAGCCAAUCAAAUCCCCUCCACAUACAUCAACCGUCUGACAGAAAUUCAGGGAUUCAAUGAGCCUCAGAAAGAGGAAUAUUUCAGAAAGAGAAUCAGUGACGAGCAUCAAGCUAGCAAAAUCAUCUUGCAUAUUAGAAGAGCAAGAAGCCUCCAUAUCAUGUGCCACAUACCUGUCUUCUGCUGGAUCUCAUCCACUGUGCUUCAAAAGCUCCUGAAAGAAGGUCUGAGGGCAGAAAUACCGCAAACUCUGACUGAAAUGUACAUCCACUUUCUGCUCACUCAGAUAACCAUGAGGAAUCAGAAAUAUGAGAAGAGACAUUCAGAAAAGCUCCUUAAGUUCAACAGAAAAGUGACUGUGAAACUUGCUAAACUGGCUUUCAAUCAGCUGAUGAAGGGCCAUGUAAUGUUCUAUGAGGAGGACCUGAGAGAGAGCGGCCUAGAUGUCACUGAUGCCUCAGUGUAUUCUGGGAUUUGCACUGAGAUUUUCAAGGAGGAAUCUGUGAUUCAUCAAAGAAAAGUCUACUGUUUCAUACAUCUGAGCUUUCAGGAGUUUCUGGCUGCUUUCUAUGUGUUUUACUCACAUCUGUUAAAGAAAAUGGAACCCUUGAAGUUGUUUCUGAAUGAUGAACAUGAGAGAUACAGAUCUGAAAAAAGUCCUUUGUGUGUGCUGCUAAUAUCAGCAGUUAAAAAAACUCUUCAGAGUAAAAAUGGACACCUAGAUCUUUUUCUUCGGUUUCUGCUGGGGAUCUCACUGGAGUCCAAUCAGAGAGUCUUACAGGCCCUUUUGCCAUGCACAGAGAAUAGCUCAGGCACCAUCAGAAAAAUAAAUAAACACAUUAAAAACAUAAUCAAAGGAAAUAAUCGUCUGUCAACUGAACAAUCUAUCAAUAUGUUCCUCUGUCUGCUAGAAGUUAAAGAUCAGACUCUUUACAGAGAGAUUCAGAAUUUUGUGAAAUCAGACAAAAACUCUGUGAAGAAACUCACUCUUAGUCACUGUUCAGCAAUCACCUACAUGUUUCAGAUGUCAGAGGAGGUGCUGGAUGAGUUUGAUCUCAUGAAAUAUAAUACAUCAUCUGAGGGAAGACGGAGACUGUUACCAGCUGUGAUAAAAUGCAGAAAAGCUCUACUUGCUGGUUGUGGUCUCUCUGAUUGGCACUGUGAAAGUUUGUCUUCAGCUCUACAAUCAUCAGACCCCCACCUGAGAGAGCUGGAUUUGAGUAACAAUGACAUACAAGAUUCAGGAGUGAAGCUGCUAUCUGCUGCACUAAAGAGUUCACACUGUCAAGUGAACAUAUUGAGGUUGGUCAACUGUAAUCUCACUGGUCAGUGCUGUGAAAGCUUGUCUUCAGCUCUACAAUCAUCAAAAGCCCAUCUGAGAGAGCUGGAUCUGAGUAACAAUGACUUGCGAGAUUCAGGAUUGAAGCUGCUCUUGGUUGGACUGACAAGUUCAUACUAUCAACUGAACAUACUGAGAUUGUCCGGCUGUAUGGUGACAGAGAAAGGCUGUCGUUAUGUGGCUUCAGCUCUGAGUUCAAACUCCUUACACCUGAGAGAGCUGGAUCUGAGCUAUAAUCACCCAGGAGAUUCCGGAGUCAAGCUGCUCUUCGAAAAACUAGAGGAUCCAAACUGCACACUUGACAAACUCAAUGUGGAUCAUGGAGGAGAGUUCAGGAUUACAGCAGGACUACACAAAUAUGCCUGUUUUCUCACCCUGGAUCCAAACACAGCAGACACUCAGCUCGUUCUGUGUGAGGGGAACAGAAAGGUGAUGCGUGUGAAUGAGGAACAGUCAUAUCCUGAUCAUCCAGAAAGAUUUGAUGUAUGUCGCCAGGUUUUAUGUAGAGAGAGUCUGUCUGGACGCUGUUACUGGGAGGCUGAAUUGAGGGGACAUUCUGUUAUAUCAGUAACAUAUAAAGGAAUCAGCAGGAAAGGACGGAGUCAUAACUGUUGGUUUGGACGAAAUAAAAAUUCCUGGAGUCUGACCUGGAGCUCUGAUAAUGGAUUAUCUGCCAGUCACAAUAAUAAGAAAACUGAAAUACAUGUCCCCUUACAUUCCUCUAAGAAAGUAGGUGUGUAUUUGGACUGGUUGGCUGGCAGUUUGUCCUUCUACAGUGUCUCUGACACACACACUCUCACACACUUACACACAUUCACCUCCACAUUCACUGAAUCACUGUAUGCUGGAUUUGGGGUUUAUGGUAUCUCAGUGUGUUUGCGUAACCACGAGCAACGACCGAUGCAUCACAUGCAUAUCUGACUGAAAGAAAGAGUCUUGUGCUUGUGUGUUGUGCUAGGACAAACCUGAUUGGUUCUUGUGUGCCAAACAGACACAAACACUUCCAUGUUUACCAUAUACAAUGCGCUGUAUAUGUGUGUUAAAGGAUAAGUCCACUUCCAGAACAAUUCACAAAUAAUUUAGGAAACCAUUUCAGGAUUUUUCCCAAUAUAAUGUACUUCAUUGGUGCCCCGAUUUUGAACUUCCAAAAUGUAGCUUAAAUGCAGCUUCAAAGGACUCUAAACGAUCUCAGUCUUACCUAGCGAAGCGAUCAGCCAUUUUUUUUGGAAAAUAAAAAUUUGUAUGCUUUUUAAGUGCAAAAGCUCGUGUAGCACAGGCUCUGGGAUGCACAUUUACGACGCUAUGUACUAUUGUAUCACGUUGAAAGGUCAUGCGGAACAUUGGUGGAACUACAGACCCAGUGUUUACAGUUUGAAGUUGUAAGCCUCAGGCUGGACAUCUGUACAGUAGAACGCAGAAGAAGAAAUUUCAAUGUUCUUCAGUACUAAAAAAGAAAAAAAAUUAGUUUAUCCUGAGUAAUUUUUGCUUAUUAGUAUGGUUGAAUUGGAUCAUCAAAGGUCAGCAGCAAAGACACAGGUUAAUAAAAUGAUUAAAUACAUAAACUAUAUAUGUAUGAUUUAACAUAUUUAAUUAUUGCAGGUUUUGCAUCAUAUUCUAAACUGCAUUUUAAUGUUUUAAUUCAUUUUGAGGAAUACUGAACGUGUUUUUUUUUUUUUUGUAGGAUGAAUUAAUGUAUGUUUAUUCUAGAACGUAACACCUUACUCCUGAUUUCUCUCAAAAUGGGGACAGGAGAGUUUUCAAUCAAUAAAUGGUAAAAAGUAACUAAAUUAAGAAAGUAAUGUGUUACUUUACUAGUUACCAACACCAUACCGACAUACUAUGUUACUAUGUUGCUUUUAUACUUGUUUAUAUAUAUAUAUUUUGUCUUCAUGAAUAAGAGAUAAGAGACACUGUUUAUGGAAAUUCAAGGU